GGAGAUUUUAAUCGGGUAGACUAUGGGGAGUUGUAAUCGUGGGUUAUAAAUUUAGUUGAAAAAUACUCUGAAUUAACCGCCCCCACGCUCCUGUGACAAUUUAUUGGUGAGAGAUUUCUAGUAAAGCGCAUCGCAAUACAUUUUCCAUGAAGAACCUCCAGUGAUUGGGUUAUGCAAGAUAAACCCAGCCCGAUCAAAUCCGUGUCGUGAAACGGCGCAGGGUAGCGGAAACCAUGUUGCAAACGAUGGAGAGAGGGUUUGAUGAAUUCAUGCACGUUUGAAUCGGUUUGACGUUUCUGUGUACUUUAUGAGAACUUUGGAAACUAUGCACAAAAGCGAGAUUUGGUCGAUAGUUAAUCACUAUUUUGUUUCAGCAUUGUCCUCAGAGAUAUUCACUAUGCCCCCCCGUGGAUGCUAUCCUUUAUGACGUUCUUACAUGAAGUUUUGUAUGUGUGAUUCUCUUAAAAAUUUCGAAAACACAAAACACUGCAGGAAAGUGAAAAUGUCAGCAAAAAAGGACUAUUAUAAAAUUCUUGAUAUAUCUCGCGAGGCAUCGCAGAGUGAUAUAAAACGAGCUUACCGUAAACUAGCUCUUAAAUAUCAUCCAGAUAAAAACAAAAGCCCAGAUGCGACGAAGAAAUUUCAAGAUAUAGGUGAAGCGUACUCGGUUCUUUCAGACAAGGCAAAACGACGCAGAUAUGAUUUGGGUAGCACAACACCGUUCUCAGGAUUCAGCGACAAUGAAUUCAGCGAUUUUGCCUCGGACUUUGCUACCACCUUUUCUGGAAGUUUCACAAUGGACGACGCUUUUAAUGUAUUUUCAGAUUUUAUGUAUGGUGGGGAUAUGCCUGUGUUUUUCCGGGAAGAAAACACGACAUAUCAUAAAGUUGAUGUGCCUUUAUCUGUGGCACAACAUGGGGGGAAUAUAGAUCUUCCUUUUGAAAAAGCAGAGGGGGAGAACUCUCUUCAUAUUGAUGGUAUUUAUAGUGGAAAAUGGAAACCAUUCAUUGUUGUCGGAGAAAGUGAUACUGUUAUUUUAAAAGUUGUGUUCCCCCCUGAUAUGAGUUUGGAAGAAAGACAUCGACAGCAGAAAAUGUUUCUAGGAAUUCAUGCUAUAUCAUGGGUGGCAAAUACAGUUCAAGAUGUCUUGGAAAGUCAUCCAGUAAUGGGAGCAAUUGGCUUGGGGUUUGGUGCCGCUGCACUGUUUAUGUUAACAGUUAAAAGGUUAACUGAUCAUGAGUGACUAUAAAAAUUGUAUAUACACACAGAUCCUAUAAUACAUGUAUUUGUAUAAUUAAACACAUCAAACAAGCUUCAUCUAGAAAUAGUCGUAUCUGAUCUGUUUAUGUGUUUUCAACAUUAGAUGAACUAUUAUAAACCUCUGAAUAUACCCCCUGCCUGUGUUAAGCCAACCAUAUUUCACUAAUUCUCAAGCCAUUCAGAAUAUUAGCCCCCCCCCCCCUCCAACUGUAUAAGCCCAUGGGCUUAUUAUUGGACAGGUAUUUAUUAACACAGCAACAGGGAUUCCAACUGUAGCUCAGACCAACUUCUUUUAUGUUUAUAUUUCUUUUUGUUCAUGAUAUACAGUAGUUACCACAAUAAAUAUUAAUUACUAACAUACAGUACAAUAAAUAAUAGCGAGCAAGCGGCAUUUUUGUCAACACAGACGUCACCCAAAAAUUGGUAUAACUAAUUUUGAUGGCAUUUUGCAUCAUAGCGCUCAUGUAAGAAAGAAAAAAAACUUUAAAAAUCUUAUGUUUUGUCAUAUGUGUUGAAGAUUACCACAAACUGAUAUAGGGGAAGUUUUUAGUCCAGUCCCCCCUCGACAAUCUGACAUCUGUGUUGACAAAAACGUUGCUUGCUUUAAUUAAGCUCCCUGUUAUUAGUAACACCAAAUGUUGUCCAUAUCUAAGCCCAAAAAAUGCUUAUGAACAAAUAUAAGCCCAGGGCUUAUAUUAAAAACCCAUUAUUGGAAUUUUUCCCCUCACCCUGUGAUAUUUGCUAUAUGAGCAUGUAUGAACCAGCUGUAAAUUAAUUAUGAAAUUGUUGUAGUGUGUACUGUACAACAUUAAAAUAAUUUGUAUGUAUUAAAUCAAUUUUACAGACAAGUAAUAUAUUCAAUUGUUCUUAUACUUUGUAUGACUGUAUAAUGUGUAGAUUAAAUUUACAUUAAUUGUGUAAUUGAUAAUCGGC